AUGGCGCGUUCUGAGAUCGACACUCGAGCCCCCUUCAAGUCCGUCAAAGAAGCCGUCGCCUUGUUCGGCGAAAAAGUACUCGUCGGCGAAAUUUACGCUCCCAUGUUUCAACAGAUACGAGCGGCCCAGAGUGAAACUGGGAAUGUUCAGUCCAGAGAGGCCGAAUUGAAGGCUGAGAUCCAAGAAGCAAAACAGAGCCUUGAGAAAGCCAGAGAGGAAGCCAACUCGAUGUCUCGCUGCAUUAAGUCCCUCAAAGAAGAGCUCCAGCAGACUAAGAACGAAUUGCAGGAGGUGAAGGGGAGAGAGUUGAGGUUGCUGAAGCAGAGGGAUGAUCCCGAGAUUGAGGACCUCAAGUUCAUUGCCAAUGCGCCUGCCCAGGAAGAUGAUGAUGCCAAGGAGUUGCACAAGAAAAGAUACGUGAAAUUCGCCAGUCCUCCUGCAGCACUUGAACCCAUAGAGUCGCCACCUUCUCCAAACAAGCCUAAAAGAAGGCCGUCAAUGCCUCUCUCCCGAUGGCUUUUUGCUAGAAGAAAAGCCCAUCCAUGACCUGCUUGAUCACUCUUUCCCGUCUUCAUUACUAGCUCACAGCAUUAAGCUUGUCUUCGGGACGCCUCAUCCUCGAUCAGUCCCCCGUCUUCGCGUUCAAACAAAGAUCAACUAUUGUUAUUUUUUUCCCCCCGUAACCAUAUCAAUUUUGUAUCUCAUUUUGACUCACAUUUACAUAUCCACUACUCUGAGUUGGCUUUGGCUUAGAGCUAGGUCUGGUCUGUAGCAAAAAUUUAUUCACAAUGCAAUAAAAUAUCUGGUUCUCAGGUUGUUCAA